UCAGUCCGGUAUCAACGGUUGAUUAGUGUGGUCGGUCACGGAAUCUAAUGCUAAGCCGCAGCCGCAACUGAGCAGUAGCAGCUGAUAGUGCGGCGCCAACGCAAACAAUCAAAAACAGCAACAAGUACAAUGGCCGAUGAUAGGGAAGGCGCGAUCGGGCGCUGGUGGUCCAAGGCGAAAAAGUACAUCACGAUCGAACCGGUGAUCGUUCUCUUUCUCCUAACAACGAUCAGUUCAACCGGCCAGAGUGUGUUUGAGUUUGAAAAGGCCUGUGCGACGAAGCUAAAUGUAUCGCUGGAGGUGUGCGCGUACAUGUCGAAGCUGGAGGAUGACAACAUCUGCGAGGAACCGGACGAUACCAACCGUACCCUGCCCGGUGUGCCCAACUUCGCGACGUUUCGCGAUCAGGUCUGCCUGGCACAAAAACAAGCGCAAACGGAACUGACCGAACUCGACAAGCAUCGCAACAUUUGGACUGGGCUGGUGCAGGUGGUCGUACUGCUGGUUGCCGGUAGCUGGACCGAUCGUGCCGGUGCCCUGAAGCCCUGCAUACUGGUACCGAUCGCCGCUCAAUCGUUGUCACUGUUGUAUACGAUGCUUUGUGCCGUUUAUAUGCGUGAGAUUCCGCUCGAAGCGUCACUGCUCGUGGCCGAUCUGAUGGUUGCCGUUUGUGGUGGUGUUCCGUUGCUGAUCGCCGGGAUUUACAGCUACCUGGCGCUGGCCACCGAGCCCAAGGAUCGUACGUUUCGGUUCGCGUGUGCUGCCGUCUCGAUGGUGUUCUUUCCCGUGGUGGCCAACUUCUUCAGUGGGUUCCUCUUCAAGGCACUAGGAUUUAUCAAAUUGUGUCUGGUGUGUCUCGUGUUUUGCGCUGCCUCGCUGCUGUACGGAUUGUUUGUGCUCGAGGAACCGAAGGCGCAAUCCGGGGAAGACAGUGCGACAGUGGAAAGCGAGAAGCGGCCAACGGAAGGUGGGCUUCGGUCGCUGUUUGACUACCGGUUGGUGUACGACUCCGUGAAGGUGAUACUGAGGCGGCGUGACUUCAAUAAGCGCAGCCUGCUGUGGCUUACGCUGUUGGCUUUUUUCAUCAAUUUCGGCGCCCUGUCGGAUGCCGGUGUAGCGGCUAACCUGGCCAUCAGCCAGUUCCACUGGGUAACGAGCUUCGGUAUCUGGCGGUCCUACGAUUUGGCCACGACCAUGCUCGGUACGCUGUUGGCGAUGGGCGUUCUCAGCAAACGGUUCGGUGUUUCGGAUGCGAUGGUUUGCGUCUUUUCCAUCUGCUUCUCGAUGGCUGCCAAACCGUUCAUGGCCUAUGCUGUGACGCACGUGGUACCGAACCUCUACUACGUUGCCACCUCUAUCGAUGUGUUCGAGGGCAGCAAAACGAUCGCCACCAAGAGUCUCGCGUCGAAGCUGGUGUCAGAGAAUGAGAUCGCCAAAAUGCUGACUCUGCUGGGCAUCGUCGAGUCGCUGCAGGGCACCGUCUAUCCGUCGCUGUACAGCGUUGUAUUUCUGGCUUCUCAAGAGACGGUUAUCGGUGCAGUGUUCUGGCUUAGCGAGGGAUUCCUUCUGUUGGCAUUUGCGCUCUAUAUUGUGCUAUAUCUCUUAUCACGACGCUCGGCCAGUGAGGAGGCAGCGGCAGCGACGGGGACAGCACCGACGGGACCGGCAACCCAAUCAAGCGCCAAGCAGGGCAUCGAUAAUCCUGCAGUGGAUAUUACUGCACUUUGAUGAGUUUAUCUGCAUCCAGAUACCACCCUUCCCCCGUCGGUGCCCGGAGCUCAACAGGAAGGAUGCAUCUGAUUGGACCGGAAAUUAUUAUUUUCCCCGUGACGCGUGCAGAGCGGCAGGAAAACGAGGAAAAAAAAAACGGGAAUGGUGCAACCGCCAUGCGCUAGUGAAUGAUGCUGCAAUCGACGACGAUGAUGACGAUGGGUGAUGGAUGCAGCGAGAAGGUUAUCAAUUGCUCUCUCUCCCUCUCUCCCUCUCUCUCUCUCUUUCUGUUCUUCUUUGCGCGAUCCACUACCUCACUACCUCUACACUACAACAGAUAGUCUCGGAUGGGAAUUGAUGAUUACAUUACCUUCCAUCCAGUGGUCUUUUGUUUUUAUUUGUGUAUUUCAUUCGAUUUAGUUAGCAAAUAAAAUAAUAUUAUACGCAAUUACGACCAGUACGGUACCGUUACGGGAAGGAAAGGUAAAUAUUGACGAACC